UAUUAUUCACUCUCACAGCACGUACUUCCCCUUUCUCUUUUCUUUCUUCCUUUUUUUUUUCCUUGAAAAUCUCUCUUCAAUACUCACCCCCGAAAAAACAAGCCAAGCCUUCUUUUCAACUCGUCUAAGUGAACCAUAUUGACUCAGCUCAUAGUGUGAAUGCUCAGAUCUUCUCUUUCUUCACUGAUGCUUAAAAAAUAGUGAUAAUGGAGAACCCUAAAACCCCAGAAACCCUAGAAGCAAAAAACCCAGAUUUAGAACUCUUAGAAGAAGCUUCUUUGACCCCUGACUUGCUCACUUUGAGUGAAAGUCGUAAUGGUUUAGGCUCCAUUUUGGAUGUUCAGGUUCAAGAAAAUGGUAAUGCUGUUGGAGGGGAUAGCCUAGCCAUGGAUGAAAAAGAGAGUGAUAUUAGUGUUGUUGAGACUGAAGAAGGUCGUUUAGUGGAUGAUGGAGUUGAUGAAAAGAAAGAGAAUCAAAUGGGUGUUGCAACAGCUGGAUCUGAUGAGAGAUUGGAAGUAAUAGUAAAUAGUGGAAAUGAGGACAAUGUGGUUGUAGAACCUGUUAGGGAUGAGGGAACAAAGGAAGAUGAUUGUUGGGGGAUUAAUGGAGUUGAUUCAUUCAAGAGGAUACAAGUUUCCGGAGAUAACAUAUCGCUUUAUGUGGACUUUUCGGGUACUUUAAAUGAAGUAGACAGUACUGGGUUAAUGAUAAGUAAGGAGGAGUUGAUAAUUGAUGAGCAGGAACAUAAGCUUCAUGUGGGUGAUAUUGUUUGGGUUAGAACCAAAAGUCAGACUUGGUGGCCAGGAAAGAUCUUUGAUCCUUCAGACGCACCAGAGUAUGCUUCAGAAGGUGACCAGAUAAACUGCUGGCUGGUUGGGUACUUUGGGAGUAGCCAUAUUGCUUGGUGCUGUCCAUCACAGUUAAAGCCUUUCCAUGUGAACUUUGAACAGAUGACUGGACAGAAUAAAGCUAGAAGCUUUCUUGGUGCAGUUGAGAAGGCUGUGGAUGAUUUUGGAAAGCACCUGAAAUCGGAGAUUACUUGUUCUUGUGUUCUGAAAGAAAAUAAGCUCCUAGGUAGUGAUACCGCAACCAAGGAAGGAGCUUCCAUGCCGGAGUGCAAAUUUGGUGAACUGGGUGAGUUUUCUGUUGCUCAUUUUGAGCCUGCAAAGUUUCUUUGUCAACUCAAAAAUCUUGCACAGAUUGUUUCAAAGCCUUGUAUGCUUGAGUUUACUGUCAUGCAGAACUACUUGUUGGCCUUUUAUCGUUCCAUAGGACAUUGCCAAUUGCCCAUGCAUCAACUUUGGGGAAUGACAUAUGAUGCAGAGAAUGCUGGCAGCAGUCCAAUGAGUGGAAGAGAUACCAAUGCUGGUUUAGCUGAAGAUAACAGCAUCUCAUAUAAGUUCUUGCUGGAACAAUCUGAUGUAACAAAGAAUGAGAUGUCACUGCUCAAUCAGAAUGGAGUUUUGGCCAAGAUCUCGGGAGAGAGAUGGGGAGCUUUGCCGGAGAACUGUGGAGACAUUGUUGCUGGAGAAGGUGUUGUCUCAAGCAAACUGGCUUCUACUUCAAGGAAUAGAAUGAGGAAAAACUAUUCUGAAGUGAGGAACAGCAGCACUCAAUUUGAAGGGCCUGAUCAGGGCAUAUGCGUUUCUUCUGUAGAAAAUGGCACCGAUAACACUGAGUUAAAAAGUGAAAUGGGCUUUGUGUUGAGAGAACGAAGGAAGAGCAAGUACUUGUCGUAUCCCUAUGUUAAUUGGGAAAGUAAAGGUUUAAAUGAAACCGAAGAUCCUAUAACUCCGGAAGAUUCUCAUGAGGUGGUGAAUGAAUUUAUUGGGUCUCCUUCAGUUGUCAAAAAAAGUGCAAAGAGGUUCCAGAAAAAAUGGUAUAGGAAAUUCAUAAGGGGGAAUGAUGUAACUGCUUAUCCAGAGCUCAGCAAUACAUCUUCUGCGGAACUGCUUUCUGAACUACAUUUUGUAGCUGUUGAUUGCCUGUUCCCAACUGAAAGUAAAAACUUUGGUCUGAUUGAGUGGUUCUUUUCCAGAUUCAGAAUUUCAACAUACCAUGAUGAAUCCAUUUAUGAGAUGUACUGCAAGAAUAUGGUUAAUCAGAAAGAGGCUACAGCUAGUGAUCCUUGCUUGUCAGGGAAUGAUCCAUAUGAAAUGAAGCCUAUUUCCUCACCCCUUACUUAUCCUGGGAAUAAAAUUCCAAAGAAAAAGAAGCUUACAAACUCCAGGACAUCAAACAUUAAAUCUCUUUCUCGCCUGUCAGAUGUGAAUAUAAACUUUGAUACGUGUAACUUAUCAGUGAAAGCAUUCCAAGCAAUGGCCUCUCAAGCACCUAAUGGGAAACAAACUCUUGCUGGUCAGCAGACUACACAAGCUACUAACAUACCAGAUUUAAAUGAAAAUGGUGCUAUACCCAUCCAAUUGGCUGAAGAUUUACAAGUGAGCCAUAUUGCUUCUGAGCCAAGAAAGAGAAAGAGGAAAAGAGCUGCUUCAGAUCAUUUAAAGUCUAACAUAACACCAAGCUUAUUUGUUGAAAAUGGAAAUAAGGGAAGCUCCAGUUCGAUGUUGUCAGAUUUCCAAGUGACAGGCCCAUAUUCCGUUAAAACAAUUCCUGAACAAAGUAACGGGGUAGGGUUGAAUGUUGGUCUGCCUGAUUCUAGUGGAAUCAAUGUGACUCCUACAAGACCAGACAUGGGUUCAUUUGCAUCUGAUAGUAAGUCAGGUCAGAAGAAGAGAGGAAGGAAGCCAAAGGUGCCAUCUGGCAAUCCAAACCUUAUGCUCACUGCAGCCAUACCAGAUCUAAAUAGAACUAGUACUGAACCCAUCACAUUGGAAAAGGAUUUGCAGGAGGCAAACACUGUUAUACCUGCAGUGAAACCUGUGCGGAAGAGGAGGAGGAGGAAAGGAGAGGCUAGUUUAAGCAUGCCAAAUGUAACUGUAAAUUAUAAUAGAGCAGGGGCAAGUGGAAAACCCCUUGGGACCACUCUUCUCUUGACGUUCACCCCUGGUGCUUCCAUGCCUUCAAAAGAAGUUUUGGUUGCGACAUUUUGCAGGUUUGGACCCUUGAAGGAAUCAGAGCUUCAGAUGUUGAAAGAUUCUAGCAGUGCCCAAGUUGUUUUUAUGAGGAGUGAAGAUGCUGGAAAAGCGUUGCAGAGUUUAGAGAUGAGCAAUCCUUUUGGUGCAACCCUUAUGAAUUAUCACCUUCAGAAUGACCCUAUUCUAACUACUCAACACAUGGAGGGAUUCAGGACUCCGGCAAAGCUCUCUGGUUUGAUGCCUCCCCUCAGUGAUGCACCUCCCAUUGACUUCAUAAGGCAGAACCUGGAGAUGAUGACUUCAAUGCUAGAGAAGUCGGGGGAUAAUCUUUCUCCAGAGAUGAAAGCAAAACUAGAGAGCGAGAUUAAGGGACUUCUGAAGAAGGUCAGUUCUCGUCCUAGUUCCUCCUCAUCCUAGUUAGAAAUGUAAAUUAUGAAGGUUUCUAUUCAAGUUAUCUGAUGUAGUUUCCCAUCUGUAGACUCUUUUGUCUUAGGAUCCUUAUUUCCUUCUCUUUGUUAGCUCUUGCUUUUUGUAGCAUGCUCUCUCUAAAUGUGGAUUCAAAAGCUCAGAAAGUAUGAAGUUUGCUGUAUCGAGAGAGCAUUAAGAAGUGGCAAUGAUAUGCAUCCCCUUCUUGUUCUUUUUAA